AGUUAAGCUGAAGGCAUUUAAAGAUGCUUGUAUUUUGUAUGAAAGAAGAAUCCAGAAAUUAACUGCGCAAUUAUCUUCGGCCGUCAACCAUACCCUUCUUCAAACCAGUCAUUCUUGGACAUUGUUUCUUCUUCAUACUAGAAAAAAAAAAAAGAGAGAGAGAAAACGUGGAAGUUUUAGUAGAAAAUAGUUGGCUAGAUAGAGCAAUGGGUUCCCUAAAAAUCAAAGCGAUUCUUUGUAUGCAAUUGAUAUCUCUGUUAAUUGGAGUUUUCAGUGUUAUUGGGAUAAAGGGUAGUUGGGAUAUGGAAGAAGGAAUGCUACGAAAGCGAAGCGGAAACCAGAGAGAGUUCGAUUAUUUCAAGUUAUGUUUCUUAUGGCCUGGCACUGCUUGCCAACAUACCACCAAAUGUUGUUCUUCCAAUCCCUGUUGCCGCUCGAACUCACCAUCUGUAUUCACGAUUCAUGGACUUUGGCCUGAUUACAAUGAUGGAACUUGGCCUGCAUGCUGUUCUGGUUCCAAAUUUGAUAAGAAAGAGAUUUCAACAUUGCUCAAGCCUUUAAGGAAGUACUGGCCUUCUUUUAGCUGCGACGACUCCUCAACCUGCCAUCAUGAAAAAGGAACAUUUUGGGCUCAUGAGUGGGAAAAACACGGGACAUGUUCUUAUCCAGUUGUUCAUGACGAGUAUGAGUACUUCCUCACGACUUUGAAUGUUUACUUCAAAUAUAACGUCACUGGAGUUCUGUUUGAAGCCGGGUAUGUACCGUCAAAUUCUGAGAAAUAUCCACUGGGAGGCAUCAUUUCAGCCAUUCAAAAUGCCUUUCAUGCAACUCCAGAGGUGAUAUGCUCAGGCGAUGCGGUGGAGGAACUUAGAAUAUGCUUCUAUAAGGAUUUCCAGCCUCGUGAUUGUGCAAGUGGAUCUAUAAUUAAAAGUGGCGGAGCCUCUUCAGGGUUAUGUCCUCGGUAUGUCAGCUUGCCAGCAUAUGGAUCAUCGGGUAACAAACAAGUCGCUGGGAUCAGUUUCAAGCUUUGCUUUGCAGUUCACUUACUAAUGAUUUUUGCAUUUAUCUGAGAAGGGCUUAACAACCAUACAACGUCAGUUCUUUUAUCUGAGUGAUAGUCUUACAGCAGUUUCAUGGUCUAAGCGAUGGUCUGAAGUUUAAGGCACUACAAGUUUCAGCUUGCUAUUUAUAAACGGUAGGCUCUUGUAAAGAUUAUUAUGAGAUGAUGUUGAUGUAGGUCUUAUCGAAAUAGCAUCUCAACUAGGAUUGUUUAAUUUGUGGUGCAUAAAGAUACAUACUAUUGGUGACUUUGCCAAUUUCCACCGUACCACCUAAUAUUCUGCAGAAUGAAUCCUGCGUUUGGCUUUGUUGUAUGGUUCCUUCUGUGAAAGUUAGUGCUUGGAGGAAGAGUUGUUUUGUUAUUUUAAACAGAAAUGUUUGUUCUUAUUUUGAUUAGCAUAUGAUAAUGUGAAACGCUUGGAGAUA